AUGCUGCUACGUCGUUCGGUGCUGCGUGCGCUGCGUGUGCCGCGGUGGCACGCCAUGCGCGCCUAUUCUACUGAUCCGAGGCUACAAGAGGGUCAGCUGAAGAAGAUCCUCACCGACACAAUCAAGGCCCGCGGUCCCCUCACGGUUCCCGCGUACAUGCAGGCCUGCUUGACGAACCCGGACUAUGGCUACUAUGCGAGCAAGAGCAACUCCGAGUCGACGGAUAUACUGGGUACUCGCGGUGACUUUAUUACAUCCCCUGAGAUUAGCCAGGUAUUUGGCGAGCUGAUGGCCGUGUUUUUCGUAUCGCGAUGGGAGGCCGCCGGUAGGCCGCCGCGGGUCCGCCUGGUCGAGCUGGGCCCUGGCCGUGGCACACUGCUUUGUGAUAUUUUGCGCACCUUCUCUGCAUUUCCCGAUAUGAUGGCAGCGCUCCGCUCGCUGGAGCUGGUGGAGGCCUCGCCGCUGCUCAUCGAACGUCAGGAGGCGGCACUGAGUCAGACCCUUGCGCGUCUGCAUCGGUCCCUGGCAAAUGCUGAUACUCCAAUCGAGAAACUCAAGCCAGAAGAGAUUCGCAUCGAAUGGUUCCCGACGUAUGAGCGGCCCGCUGUCGAUCCGGAAUCAUGGACCAUCCUUGUCGCACAUGAGUUCUUCGAUGCCCUGCCCAUCCAUAUCUUUGAGAAGCAUGCGCAAGGCUGGCGCGAAGUCAUGGUGGACAUCGACGAAAAGACAGCGCCUGUCUCUGUGAUAAAGGCCGCUGAUCUCAACAAACCACCGCAGGAACCAGGGCUUCGUUUUGUUCUGUCACCCGGUGCGACGGCCUGGUCUCAGCUGCUUGUAGCGAAUUCUGAGCGAUUCAAGUCCCUGCAGCCAGGUCAGCGCGUCGAAGUGAGUCCUGUGAGCUGGACAGCAGCUCGUCGCGUUGGCGAACUCGUGUCGGGGUACCCGGCACUGCGGCCUGGCCCCGACGGGCAGCCUGCGCCGCCGUCCGACGAGCUCGCUGCGGCGCGUGCGAAGCCGUCCCUGGGAGGCUGUGGCCUGGUGGUGGACUAUGGUGGCUUCCGCUUCUUCAGCGACAGUUUUCGUGCCUUCCGCGCCCAUGAGAUUGUGGAUCCCCUAUCGCUCCCGGGCCAGUCGGACCUUACGGCGAAUGUGGACUUUGCGUUCCUUGCGCAGGCGUUGCACAUGACGGAUGCCUUUAGCUACGGACCGAUGCCGCAGCGUGCGUUUUUGAAUGCGCUGGGCCUGUCACUCCGCGUGAAGAAGCUAGUCGAGUCAAACCCGCCGGAGCGCCGGGCUGACAUAGAGCGCGCCGCUGCGCGUCUCAUCGAUGGAAGCGGCAUGGGCUCGCAGUACCAGGUGAUGGGUAUCUCGUCACCGAGGCGGACCACGGCCGCUUCCAGCGAACCGGAAGAGAUGUAUCCUUUUAUGUAA